GCCUCUCAGCAGACACACAACCAUCAAUCCCAGACUGAGAAAGAGAAGCCACCAUGUCUUCUCCGAGCAACUCGCCAGGGUUCAAGUCACUGCUACUGUUGCUGAUUCUGGUGGUCAUGAUGAAGACAGGAGUCUCAAUGCCAAAGAGGUCGGGCUGUCCGAAAGCUGAAGGAAAUGACUCUUCUCAGAGUGUGAGGAUCAACAUGAAUAUCGUUAAUCGAAACCAAGGCUCAAAGAUAUCCCCCGAUUACAAGAACCGCUCCACCUCUCCUUGGGAUAUGGUUCCUAAUGAGGAUGCCAACAGACUGCCCCGCACGAUAUGGGAGGCUAAGUGCCGUCACUCAGGCUGCAUCAAUGCCGAGGGGAAAGAGGACCACCACGUGAACUCUGUCGCAAUCCAGCAAGAGAUCUUGGUCCUCCGUAGAGAGUUCCCAAACUGCUCCACUUCCUUCCGACUGGAGAAGAUGCUGGUGACUGUGGGCUGCACCUGUGUCACCCCACGCACCGUGUCCUGA